AGUGAGUUGUAGGAAAGGCAAGAGGUAGGUGGAGGGUGGUGAGCUUCCUUUUGUCAGAUUCCCUUGCUUGUCCUUUGGUAAUUGGUAUCACAAUCACAAACCCUGACAGAAGCCAAGAAUAAAAUAAAACCACCCAUCCAAAUCCAACACAAGACAAGACAAGACAACGUAAUGAAGACCAUAAUGUCGGCCAAAUCCCCCCACGACACUUCCUUCUCCUUCUCAAGGAGAUACUUCCACUGGAAAAAGAAGCCCUUGGACGAGGAGGAGGAGGAGGAGGAGGACCAAGAACGAGAAGAGGAAAGAGAAAUCCUAAACCACACAACCUCCUUCUCCCACUUCCAAGAACCACCAAGGAAAAGCAAAAGACCCCACUUCUCAAGGUCGAAGCUCAAGUCAGCCCUACUCACGCUACCCUUCACGAAGCGACCACCCUCCCUCGGCACACGUGUGGUGGGCACGCUCUUCGGCCACCGCCGCGGCCACGUGCGGUUCGCCUUCCAGGAAAACCCCAAGCUGGGCCCGGCCUUCCUCCUGGAGCUCCCCACGCCCACCAGCCUCCUCGUCCGCGAGAUGGCCUCGGGCCUCGUCCGGAUAGCCCUCGAGUGCGACAAGCCCAACAAGGGGGGUGCCAAUACCAGUCGCAAGCUGCUCGAGGAGCCUCUCUGGAGAAGCUACUGCAACGGGAGGAAGUGCGGGUACGCCAACCGCCGCCAGUGCGGGCCCGAGGACUGGGCCGUGCUGCGGGCCGUGGAGCCCAUUUCGAUGGGCGCGGGCGUGUUGCCGGUGAGUGGAGGUGUCUCCGACGAGGGGGAAGUGAUGUACAUGAGAGCGAGGUAUGAGAGGGUUGUGGGCUCCAAAGACUCUGAAGCCUUCUACAUGAUGAACCCUGAUGGAACUGGGGGUCCUGAACUCAGCAUUUACUUCAUCAGGGUUUAGCUUAAUUACCUUUACAACUUUUUCUUUUUCUUUUUAAAAAAAAAAAAAAAAAAUUAUCUAUUGCAAAUUUA